AGAGAUUCAUAUGCAGAUAGUCAACAGGCGUUCGGUUGUAAACAAAUCAAGUGGAAGGAGCAAAGAAUUGAUUGAAUCAAAUUGCAUUGUUGUUCCUACAAUAUUCCAACUGAAAAAAAUUUUCUUUUCAUAAAUUACUUGUAUUACAUGAAUCGCUAGUAUAAAUGCGAUUGAAAGAAGCUGAUAGAAUCAUUUUCAAUGAAAAACAUGGGUUCAGAGAGAGACGUUCACAUGGUUCCCGAGAAUAAACUGCAGAAUUCUAAAUCUCCUCAGAAUUUCCCGAUUGGACACAGCCAUAGUGGAUGGGCCGAGCUGAAUCUCGGCUUCCAGUCGUCCAAAGCGAAGUUGCCUGGAAUAAAAACCGAUAAAGCGGUGGACAAUGAAAUAAUUGAUACUUUCGUUGAUGAUUUUGAAUACUUUGAUUACAAAUCUGUCAAGAGGAACAGUUGGUCUGGAAUAUUAGAAGCCUGUCACCCGAAAAAAGCUUCCGAAUUAUCUGUAAGCAAGCAGAAACAAAAUGAGAUCAUUCAGUGGCUAAGUUCUGAAGCUGUAACCGGCAAACCGACGAUUUUAUUGCUCUCUGGUGCUUCCGGAUGUGGAAAAACAGUCACUCUUAAAGUAUUGGCUGAGGAGAAUGAUUUUGACGUUAUUGAAUGGAUCUCUCCUAUGGAUUCUGCAUAUUCUCAUGACUCCAAAUAUUUAGGUCAAAGCGAUAAAUUCAUGGAGUUUUUGGUGAGAGCCACCAGGUAUAAUUCAGUAUUUAACAAGGGUAAAAAACGCCUUCUACUCGUUAAGGAUAUUCCCAACAUCUAUUCUAUCGACAAGAAUAGUUUUCACGAAGUGCUGAGACAAUAUAUGGAAAUGGGAAAACAACCAUUAGUAUUUUUGUGUCCUGACUCUGAAAGCAGUAAAAUGGUAUAUACACUGUUUCCCCCAGAGAUUAUGGAAAGAUUUCGAAUAAAUAAAAUUAAUAUUCUCCCUACUACACCCACUGCCAUGAAAAACAUGUUGAAGCGUGUUGCUCAGAUUUUAAAUGCGAGAUUUGGGGAUCUUGUUAAUGUGACACAGGCUGUUGUUGAUGAAGUGCUGUCUAACAACAUUGGAGAUGUUAGGAGUACAAUUUUAAAUACCAUUUUUGCAUCAUUAAGAGUACCAACUCAUCAUUCCAAAAAUAAUUGUGGACCUCGUGGGGAGAGUCUGGGGCUUCUGCAUGGCAUUGGGCGGGUUAUUAAUCCCAAACGAGUAGUGGAAGGAGACAAAUGGAGCUUCACACAUGAUCCAGAUGAUAUUGCUGCUUAUUUCAGGUCACAGUCCAAGAUAUUCUUUCAUUUUCUGCAAGAAAAUUAUCUGAAUACAAUGGGAAAUAUUGACCAGGUGGAGAGAUGUUCUGAGAUCAUGAGUCUCGCUGACACGAUCAGUAUGGAAUAUCGAGAGGCGAAUUUGGUAAAUGUGAAUUUAUCACUGUGCAUUCGAGGAGCGAUGGUGCAUAAUGAGAUCCCUUUAACGAGAUGGAAUCCAGUGAGAAAACCAAGGAAGGGAGAUCCAGAAAUGCAAAGAGACGUGGGAAUAGCAGAAGAGCGUUUUUACAAGCAAUUAAUAAACCCAAAAAAAUCGGAGAGUGCUCUGGGCGUAGAUUACAACAUUGAGAACUGAAAAAUUAUAAUUAAUUAUCCCCCAACUUUGAAUCACUU